CCUGCCAUACCACAGUGAAUGGAAAUGAUUGUUGUCGUGAGUCAGUCAAAUGUGUUAAGCAGCAGAGUUCCAAUCAGCUAAAGAGAGUCCCGGGAAAUUCACUUACAAAAACUCUCCCCUCUGACAGAUUGAGUAAUCCAUGUCAGGAUCUCGCUGGGUAACAUCAUCCAAUUCAUCUGAACAUAUCCGUGCUACCUUUUGCCUACCCGUGCAGCAGCAGACAUGCAUGGUUCUGAGGAGAGUGCAUCUGGAACUGUGCUUCAUAGGCUUAUGCAAGAACAUCUCAGAUACGGAACAAGUGGAAUCAGAGGAGGGGUAGAAAACGACAGUUCUCAGAUGCCAAGCAAACUUGCGUCUACAGUAAACCUACUCCUUCAAAAGGAGGGUCAAGUAGCCCAUUCAUAUCAGCUUGUGCCCCUGCAGUCGCAGUCUCGACAGGAACCUCAAGGUCAGGAGCAUCAAGUGGACAGCAGCUCCAUGGAAAAAGCUGGUGGUGUGAGCCAGGGUGCAGGUAGAGCAGUCCAAGCGGCCCAGAUUUUGUCUGGGUUUGACACCCUGGAGCUUCCAUUGUACGAGGAGGCUAAAAUCCAGUCUCAGCUUUACAGAGGACAGCAAAGUCUGAUGGACCCUCAGUGCCAAAUCCCUGGCCACAACCACCAGAGUCUUCAAAAUCCAGAUGACCUUUCAAACAAUUUUCAAAAAAAUCAGGACCAGAACUUUCACAAAGAGGGCCAUAAAAACACUGUCCACCAAAGUCAGCAGCAACACAACCCGGUUCAGCAGAUACAACAGUUGUCAACAAUGUCUGACAGUCCCACAAGCUCACAUUCCUGUCUACCAUCACUUUCUAACACAUACUCACUCUCUUCCCCUCCUUCUCUUUCGUCUUCUUACACCUCUCUCUCAGUGGUUCCCAUGAAGGCGCUUUUGGAGGAUCAGUCAUUGGUCCAGCCAGGAGGCACUGGUGGUACAUUUCUUUGUGAUGAAGGUCUGGCAGAGUUGAAACAGGGUCAUGUUCGCUUUCUAAGUGAAAGGAUCAUGCACCUCAGUCUAGAAAAAAGGUGAAGCUAAGCAAUGUUUAGGACCAUCCAAUUCACCUUGCACAGGAGACACUACUCUUUGUGGGGCUGAUAAUACAGCAAAUUCUCUCUCACUAACUAGUAAGACCUCCAUGAGUACCCUACAACUUCCACCACCACCCUUAAACCCUCCACAGUGGACUUUGGAUCAAAGAGGUCCUCCCCCAGAAUAUCCCUUUAAAUUCAAGUUACAGACUAUGACUUCGCCCACAUUACACCCCAACUCGGACUCUCUGGAACAUGGUCACUUCAACAGUGAUACCUUGACAGCAGCCAUGUUGGAGACAGUGCCACUUAGAAAUAUAGCAAAACAGUGCCCUUUGUCUACAUCACAGCACCAAACACAGACCAGUCCCAUGACUUCUGAGACUUGUAUCCUACACUCACAGGCUUAUCAGCAACAGCAUCAGGCUAUAUCCCUAUCUCAGUCCCUGGCAUUUCCUCCAGCUCAGCCUGGAUCUGUGACUCAGGGGCUGUUUUCUUGUGUGGCCCCUUUUGGACAGCCUUUCACAGGGGAAACAUUUGCCAUGGUAAGCCAUGCCAAGCAGAUGCUGGAGAACCUAAAAGAAGAAAACCAAAGACUUAGACAAGAACUCCACAAGCAAAAUGAGAAGGCCAGCAAACUACAGCGGUUGGAGGCGGAGACUGUGCACCUGUCAGAGGCAUAUGAGAGUUUAGUGAAGAGCUCAUCCAAACGGGAUGCUCUGGAAAAAACCAUGAGGAAUAAACUAGAGGCAGAGAUCAGGCGUCUUCAUGAUUUUAACAGAGACUUGAGAGAUCGUUUGGAAACAGCCAAUCAACAGCUAGCCAGUCAGUGA